GUGACGAGAAGUUUUUUUUGGGGGGCUACCCUGUCGGGUGUCGUUCACUCGUUCACAAGGAAGGAAAGCCCAUCGUCUCCAUCUCGUCAACUCGCCAUCGCUGAUUACUAGUACUACUCAGUAAUCAUCAGCAGCUUGUUACAACUCAUACUCACGCAACUUUGGAGCAGCGGCCGCCGACGCCGACGCCGCGUCCAUGGAAAUGGGCAAGAAAGCCAUCCGAUACGCCGUGGUGGACGCCUUCGCGACUGAGCCGUUCAAGGGCAACCCCGCCGCGGUGUGCCUCCUCGAGGACGACAACGCCGCGGACGAGCGGUGGAUGCAGUCGGUUGCCACCGAGUUCAACCUCUCGGAGACCGCCUUCCUCGUCCGCGACUUCUCCCGGCGCGCCAGCGCCGCGCCGCUCUUCCACCUCCGAUGGUUCACUCCCGUCACCGAGGUCGACCUGUGUGGGCACGCGACGUUGGCCUCCGCCCACUUCCUCUUCACGGCCGUUCUCCCGGAGCAUGGCAUGAUCGAGUUCAUGACCAAGUCCGGUAUCCUGACUGCGAAAAAAGUUCCCCCGCCAGGGGGCGCAGGCGAGGCCCACGGGAAGCUGUUUAUUGAGCUGAAUUUCCCCAUGAUUGAUUUCCUGGGCUGCAACGAGAUGCCGUCGAUUCCGGAGACCCUAAACGGCGCACCAGUGGUCAGUGUUCACAAAUCGGCGGCCGACGGUGAUCUCAUUGUGGAGCUUUCUUCAGCACAAGAGGUUGCCGACAUCCUUCCUAACAUCGAUGAAAUUAAAAAGUUGUCAUGUGGUGGUAUCAUGGUUACAGGACCGGCACCUGCUGGAUCUGGUUAUGACUUCUUCACACGUUUAUUCUGCCCGAAAUUUGGGAUGGAUGAGGACCCUGUCACUGGCAGUAUACAUUGUGUAUUGGGACCCUAUUGGGGUAGAAAGCUUGGGAAGCAAAAACUGACGGCAUUUCAAGCAUCUCCAAGGGGUGGAACGCUAUACCUGGAACUGGAUGACGCAAAUCGGAGAGUGAAGAUCCAAGGAGAAACUGUUACUGUCAUGACCGGGACGCUCCUGGCGUAACAUGUCAUCUAGGCAUGCUUGCUUUGUAGGGAAAUCACUGUCGGGCUUGUAAUAUGAACAAUCGUUGUGGGCAAUUACUCUAGGCUGCUCUGUGGUGGUUUUAGAACUUCCAGCGGUUUCUUGAAGGUCACUCCGCCGGUGUAUGAUCUGUGCAAGGCCACCAAUAUUUUCCAGUAACCUCUUCCCACAUAGUUAUAUCCUAGCAAACGUU